GAACAGUACAGGUAUGGGAAAAGUCUCCCAGUGUCAAACAAAGCAGUAAGAGGAUGGAGCUGAACAUAAUAGAGAAGACUUGUCAGAAAAGAGGAAUCAACAACACAGCCUUUAAGUCAGAGGAGCAGGAUCAGAUAUACAUUGAUGUGAACAGCGCUGCGGAGACUGCAGAGGAUGUACAGAAAAUGUCUGAAGAACGGGAAAAAAGCAUGCUGGAGAAGAAAAUGGAGGCAGUCCAGGGCUAUUUGGCAGAACACAGAGGCCAGAUCCACCUGUUUAUACGCCUGGUGUUAGUAGCAGGAUGUGUUGCCAUGGUGAUAGCGGCAUGUAUUCUGAACUUCAACCGGGCAGUCGGGCUUCUGGUCCUCUCCUUGGUUACUGUGUUCUUUCUGGUCUGGGAUUGGACGAUGGAACGCUAUGGCGACCGGUUGUGGGAGCAGCUCUGUCCUAUCAGAGACCUUCUAAGUAGGAACUGGUUCUGGAUCAGAUGGUGUAUAUAUAUGUCAGUACUGGUGGCGGUUGUGUGCUGGCUUGCACUGGACACAGCCCAGCGGGGCACCAGACAGCUUAUGUCUUUCUUUGGUUUGCUGCUCUUCAUCUUCUUAAUCGCGUUGUUCUCAAAACAUCCAUUCAGGUGGUCUCCGCAAACUUUGCUCUCUGGGAUUGGACUACAGUUUGUCGCCGGUCUGCUGACUCUCAGGACCACAUUUGGCUUGCAAGCACUGGAAUGGCUAGGAAAACAAGCUGAAACUUUCAUGGCCUUCACAGAUGCUGGGUCUCAAUUUGUGUUUGGCGACAGUUACAAAGACCACUUCUUUGCCUUUCAGGUGAUGCCUAUCGUGGUGUUUAUAAGCUCUAUCAUCUCAAUCCUCUACUGUAUCGGCUUCAUGCAGUGGCUCAUUUGCAAGCUAGGAUUUAUAAUGCACGUCGUCAUGGGAACGUCACCAACAGAAUCAAUGGCUGCAGCAGGAAAUAUAUUCUUGGGACAGUCAGAGACACCCCUCCUGAUUAAACCCUACCUCAGUGAGCUCACUCUCUCUGAGCUGCACGCUGUGAUGACGGGAGGUUUUGCCAGCAUCUCCGGUAGCAUCUUAGGAGCCUUUAUAUCCUUCGGGAUUGAGGCAUCACACUUGUUGACAGCAUCACUGAUGUCCGCUCCAGCCUCGCUCGCCAUCGCCAAGACGUUCUGGCCUGAAACAGAGAAGACAGCUGCUAUCAGUGAACAUGACCUCAAACUGAACAAAGGAGAGAGUAAGAACGUGUUGGAGGCGGCCUCCCAAGGUGCAGGUUGUGCUGUUAGAGUCGUGGCCAGCAUUGUGGUCAACGUCAUUUCCUUCAUGGCACUGCUGGCCUUUUUGAACGCCAUCCUCUCCUGGCUGGGCGGGAUGUUUGAUUGUCCGCAGCUGAGCUUUGCGCUUAUCUGCUCUUAUGUGUUCAUGCCCAUCUCGUUCAUGAUGGGCGUCUCCUGGGAGGACAGUUUCAUUGUCGCUGAGCUGCUCGGCAUAAAGACUUUCCUCAACGAGUUUGUGGCCUAUCAGAACUUGUCGGAGUUAAUCAAGAGGCGGAAGGCAGGAGGGCCAGAAUAUGUGAAUGACGUGAAGCAGUACAUUUCUGUCCACUCUGAAACCAUCGCAACCUACGCUUUGUGUGGAUUUUCCAACUUUGCUUCACUGGGGAUGGCGAUUGGAGGGAUGUCGGCUCUCGCUCCUGAUCGACGGUCUGACAUCUCCUCCUGUGGCCUCAGAUCUCUCAUUGCAGGCAGCGUCUCCUGUUUGAUGACAGCUUGUAUUGCAGGUAUCUUGUACAUCCCUGAUGUCCAGUGUCCCCAGUUCCUGAGCACAGAGUUCAGCAAUGCCAAUGUGACCAGUAGCACGCAACUGGUCACCUGCUGCACACUGCUGUAUAACAGUGUGUCCGUGUUUGAGCCAUGGAACGUGACGGCCGGAGAAGGAUUCAGUCAGAGCAGCCUGCGAGGCUGCUGCACACUCACACCCCCGACACACUUCAACUGCAGCUCUGUGUUUUGAAUCACUAUCGACAAAAACACACAGACCUCAGUGGUAGAAACAUGUGCUGCUUGUUUUUUAGGUAAAUGCUACAGUUAAAAAUGUUCAAUUGAGAUACUUUACUUGAGUUUUUCCACUUUCUGCCCUUUUAUUUUUCUGCCACUGUAGUUCGGAAGAGGAUAAAACACUGACAUUUUUUAGAUAACUUAUGUUAGUUUGCAAAUUCAGAUUAACCAAAGGAUCUGGUAAAUGUCAUCAACAAAUACGAUAGAUUAUUGUAGAUUGACUUGAUUAAAUUUACAGAAGUCGGCUCACAACCCACCCAGCUGUUUGUAUAGCAAUUUAAUUUAAUUCUAUUUGUAAAAUUAAAGGGACAGUUCAAUGCAUGGAUUGAUGUAAAUACAUUUCUGAAUUUUUUAAUGUACUGUGAUAUUGCAGCUUAAUAAAAAAGCUUAGUAACUUAUCUUAAAUCGUUGGAGGUUCUUCCUCCGCCACUGCUUUUGUUGGCCACCCUUCUAACAUUAUGUGGAACAAUAGCUUUGCUGGACUCAUUUAACCAAAUAUCUGCAACUCUGAUAAAAAAAGCUUCACUUUUCCUUGUCUUCUCCACGAGUAUCACAGAAACUAGCAAAUGCAGUAUGUUACUUGGCCACUGGAUGUCAGCUUUACCCAAAACAUGCUAGAGCCUAGAUGCUUCUUCAGGCCUCCAUGGGGCAGGUCAAUCAUUCUGGGAGGUAUGGGGCUCAUGAAUACUAACAGAGAGUUCAGGCUCUGAUUUCCUGCUGAAUAAAGUGGAGGCCAUCGAGCUGUGCACUUUCAACAUCUGCAUGUGUGAGAUGAGAGCGCAGUCACAAAGACGGCAAAUGACAGUCUGUUCAUUAAAUCCACCACAAGCAAAAGGUCAGAUGGCUCCCUUCUCGUGGGCAGGAGGUGUGUUCAUAUGUGUGAAAUUCACACACCCACACAGAGGGAACAUUAGACUCACCCAUCAGACGCUGUCACAGAGGGCAUUUUUAGGUUCCGUGUUACCAUGUGUUCCCCUCUUUUAAAAAAAGAAAUCAAAUUUGUUGAGCUAAUUUUCUGGUUCUUGAGCAUCAUAAAGAAAAAGCAUGUCCAAAAAACAUGUCGACUGAACGUUGUUAUGUGAGUGUCUUUCUGUGUAAGAUAAGAAAGACAAGGGUUAAAUUGUUUGAACUUACAACAAUCUUCAGGAUUUAGUAUCUUUUUAGGUUUUUAAGGUUGUAUGUUAUUAUAGUAAAAUUAUUCUCAGCCUUUUUGGUACAUCAAUCCACUUUGCUCCGCACAUCAAAUUCUUAUUCUCAUGCUACUUUGAAUUUUAUAUAUUCUCAUUAAGUCAAGUCAGAUUUAUUUAUAUAGCAUAUUAAAGUGUUACACCAAAGUGCUUAACAAUCAUGGCAAAGGAAGGUAUUACAAGUAUGAAUAAAAUAAAAAAAUGUGCCUUUUGUAAUGUUUUUACGCUUGAAUAUCUUUCCUAAUGAAUCUGUAAUGUGCAUACUGUUAAAA